CCAACUUUACAUUACGCAACAAGUCUUGUAUCUUCCCCAACGUCACAUGUUGCAAAACAGUACAAAAAACAUAAAAAAAACUCAACACCAAACAGAAAACCCUUAAAUAAAACGUCAAUAGAGCGACACACUAAAUAGCACACACUUCAACAAACCUCUUGAGGUUUAUCUAGAGCACGAUUAGUUCUUCCCCACAAUAACCCUUUACACCGCACUUCAACCCAACAAACAAACUAACUGGAGUCUUAGACGAAAUUGUGGAAGAGGCUAUUCGAGGUAAGGAGGGUUUUUCUAGUUUUUUUACGAAGACCCAGCUACAUUCUUUAUUUCUUGCUAGGUAUUCUUGGAGAAGGUGCUCGUGCCAAUCCACAAAGAGAGGCGGAAAUAAUGGGUCAUCAAUUACGAAAGGUUAAUACGUACAACAACAGUCAAAUGAUUUACGAUGCUGUGGCAUCACUGUAUACAGCCGAAUCAUUUCUGUAUAGACUAUAAAACGCUACUUUGCAAGAGAAUGAUCUGAAGAAGACCGAUACACUCGGGGCAUUCUGCUAUCUGUUAAGAGAAAGUCUACCCUAUACCGGCGUACGUCGUGAACUAACUGUUUUUCGUGGUGGUAAUUUAACACGGAAAGAGUUAGAUAGUUAUAAACUAUCAAUUGGACAUAGCAUUGAGUGGAGUCCGCUUACAUCGUCGACGAUGAAUCGUCAUCUUGCUGAAAAUUGUGGCGGAUAUCCUGGAAAUACACUGUUUAUUAUUCAUAGGGAGCGUGCGUCGAGGACUUGCAAAGAUAUUUCAUCCGUAUCACACUACCGUGCUGAUCUUCGUACACAUAUAAUUUGUGAUCAGCAUCAAAUGGAUGUUGAUUACAACAAAAAACAAUCAAGUAAUGAUGCUGCACGGAUUCAUUUAAUGGAAACAUUGAAAACUGUCAAUACAAUAAGUCAAAUUCAGACAACAGCAAUAUUCGAACAACAGUCUCCAACUGCUAAAUCAACAACAACAUCAAAAUUUCGAACAGAUAAAUAUAUUAAUCAUUUUAAUUCAGAAGGUUGGGGACUACGUGUUCGAAAAUCUGGUCAGCGAAUUAGUCAAGAUGUUAAAAGUUUUAUAGAAAAUAUAUGGAAAGAUGGAAUGCAAAAUGGGAGAAAAAUUCAAGCUGAUGCUAUUCGUCAGAGAAUUCGAAGUGAAAGAAAUGAUAAAAAAGAAAAGUUAUUUACACCUGAUCGGUAUGUAUCGGCGGCACAAAUAAAAUAUCAAAUAAAAAAAUUAAAUAAAAAAUAUGAUGUAUCAAUCGAACAACAAUUGAUUAGUGAUUUGCUAUUACAAACAACAACAUCAUAA